AGAUAACAGCCUCAACAGUUGGACCGAGUAUCUGCUUGUUCACCCUUGCAACGUGAUGGACACCAAAACACUCUAACGGUGUUAUCCACAACCCAGAGGGACUGUGUUUGGUUUGUAAAGGGCAGCCCGCAGACUGAAGGUUUCACUCAAAGUUACAGUAGAUGGUUGAUAACAUGUAAAAACUUGAGGGUAUUAUUUAAAAACGAGAGAGACGUAGUCGUUAAAUAGGAAGGCUGUUGUGAGACUGUAAAUUGAGUUCCAGUGCACAGCGGCGGCAAACAGCACCAUGAGCGUCCCGCUUUUUGCACCAACUCCGAUCCAGCCGGCUCAUCCGACUCCCUUCUACAUCGAGGACAUUCUGGGGACGACUGCCUCUACUACCUACUCUCCCUCCUCUUCUUCAUCCUCCGCCUCUUCAUCCUCCUCCUGCUCCACGCUGAUUAUCCCCACACCGACUCUCGCAUCGCCCAAUUCUUCGUUCACGAGUGUAAUCUCACCGUACCGGGCGCCGAUUUAUGAACCCACGCCGAUCCACGCGGCGCUGUCUCACCAUGCAGCUGCAAUGUUGACAACGACGUACGCCUCCGCCGGAGCUUUCGCUGGCCCCAUCUACCCGUUCCACCACCAGCACAACCGCUCCAUGGGGGAGUACGCACAGGCUCUGCUGAGGCGCGACCCGCUCGGGAAGCCGCUGCUAUGGACUCCCUUCAUGCAGCGGCCGCUGCACAAGAGAAAAGGCGGCCAGGUCCGGUUUUCUAACGACCAGACCAUUGAGCUGGAGAAGAAGUUUGAGACGCAAAAGUACCUCUCUCCUCCAGAGAGGAAGCGAUUGGCAAAGAUGCUGCAGCUCAGCGAGAGACAGGUUAAAACCUGGUUCCAAAAUCGACGUGCGAAGUGGCGAAGACUGAAACAGGAGAAUCCUCAGGGAGGUAAAAGGGAGCUGGAGAAUGACAGUCCAGCCGGGAGGAGUAAUAAAGGUGAUGAGAUGAUCGAGUCAACUGUGAUGCAGAGCCCGGAACAGAAGCAGACAGUCUAUGUGCGCUCUGUGUCCCCGCAACAUCUGCACACAGCACUGGACUCUAACGUGACAUCAGAUGACACUGACCAGGAGCUGGACAUAGUGGACGACGAAGAAUUCACACGGAAACUGCAAUUCUGAAGGGUAUAAUCCACAAUGACACUGGAUCCAAUGGACAUUCAGAGCUGGAUGAUGAAGGCUAGCGGAAUCUUCUCACACCUGAGUCUGGUCACUCAUCUCCAUUCAGACAACUUGACAAAAUAGUUACUGGUGUAAUAUUUAGGUAACGUUUACAUUACUUAAUCCUGCCAUGACGCGUCUUUUUGUAUAUAAAACAUAUUCGUUUUGAUUGUCACUUUGUUAUGUUGACCACUGUAAAUGACUUGUACUGUAUGUUGUUUUAAAUGAGAAACAUUCUUAAUUCAGGCUGUUGCCUUAAAAUAUGAUAUAUGAAAUCAAUACAGACCAAAUAAUGAUGUGGUUAAUUGCUUAUAAUAAUAAUAAACACAUUUUCUGAUGAGAA